CUUCGUGCAGCAAUUGGCAACGCCACUUCGUCUCUAUAACGGUAAGAUACAUAUCUUCCUUCGUCUCUAAAACUCUCUCUCUCUCAUAGAGAGACUCCCCUUCGUGCAGCAAUUGGCAACGCCACUUCGUCUCUAUAACGAUGGAGUUUGUGAGCCCUGAAGGUCUUCGCAUAGAUGGUCGCCGCCCCAUGGAAAUGAGGCAAAUUCGAGCAGAGAUUGGUGUUGUGGCCAAAGCCGACGGUUCUGCUAUGUUCGAGAUGGGUAACACUAAAGUUAUUGCUGCUGUGUAUGGCCCUAAAGAGGUCCAAAAUAGGAACCAACAACUGAAUGCCAAUGCAUUGGUGCGCUGUGAAUACACAAUGGCAAAUUUUAGUACCGGAGAUCGGAUGAGAAAACCAAAGGGUGAUAGGAGAUCCACAGAGAUAUCUCUAGUUAUUCGCCAAGCCAUGGAAGAAUGCAUCUUGACAAACUUAAUGCCUCGGUCUCAGAUAGAUAUUUUUGUGCAAGUUCUUCAAGCAGAUGGAGGAACUAGAUCUGCAUGUAUCAAUGCUGCAACCCUGGCUCUAGCAGACGCUGGAAUUCCGAUGCGAGAUCUUGUAACUUCCUGCGGUGCUGGGUACCUCAAUAGCACCCCUCUGCUUGAUUUAAACUAUGUAGAAGAUAGUGCUGGAGGCGCUGAUGUGACUUUAGGAAUUAUGCCGAAGUUGGACAAAGUGACUCUUCUUCAGAUGGAUGCUAAGUUAUCUUUGGAUACUUUUGAAAAUGUAAUGCAACUUGCAGUCGAAGGCUGCAAGGCAGUUGCAGAUUACAUUCGAGAAAUAUUGCAAGAGAAUACAAAGCAAUUGGAGUAUCGUCGAGGAACAUAGUAAGCUGAUUAACAAUCUUUAUUUAUUGUCAAAGGAAACUCUGAUGAAAACAAUUUUACAAGGCCCAAUGAUCAGUCGUACGCCCAAUUGCUCCUCUUUCAGAAUUUUUGUUUUCUGAUCCACUUGUAUCAGUUGUAUGUUUCUUUGAUGAUGAAUCUCGAGGAUAGCUAUACUAUGCAGAUGUUGUUCAAUGGCAGCAAAGCUUGGAAUUGACAACACUCAGUUUCUGUAUUGCCCAUUCUGAAAAUAGUAUAGUAACAUGUAACAUGGGCAAACUAGGUAAAUCUUUAGGGAGGAGGGACUGAUAUUAAGCUACAAUUAGCAAAGUAUUUGUUGGGUUUUAUGUUAUCAUACAAUUGGUGUAAAUGAAGAUGGGGAGUGAAAUUCACACUGUUUAUUUUACAAUA